CCGUCAUCUACGUCCGCACCCACGCGAUGCCCCUCGUCGACCCAAUAAUAAUGUCGACCACCCUCGCCAAAGGCGCCGCCGCGCAGGCGCAAGCACAAGUCGCCUUCUCUAAGACGGCACCGGUCUCGCCUGCUACGACGCUCCGCCCGGUACAGAUCCGACCGACGCCGCUCGCCCAGGCCACGCGCCACGCGCUCCCCGCCCUGCUGGCCGUCCUCUUCAUCGCGCGCUUCCGCCCUCUCGUCACCGACCCCGUCUCGGCCAUGGCCACCGCCCUCCCCUUCGUCGCCGCCCUACAGGUCGCUUACGCCGUGCUCUGUCUCCCCGCUCCGGGCUCGACUCAGACUGGCAGCGGUGGUGGUGGCGGGGCGCGGAAGGCCCCGAAGCUUAGGCCCGGCGAGAGUAUAAAGAGGAGGGCGGGUGCGGACGCGGGUGCGCCCAAUGCUGUUGCUACUUCGCUCCUCUCACUGGUUCUCUCGCUUCUCGUCUCGCCCUUCCUAUACGCGGCCAUGAUCCUAUUCGGCGCGCCCUUCCUCACGCACAGCGCGCAUACCUUCCUGUGCGCGGCGCACCUAGCCGUGCUAACGCUCCUCCCGCUUUUCUUCGUGCACGGCGUGGAUGGGAGUGCCUGGGCGGUUGUAGGCAGCUUUAGCGCGCCUCUCGACGAGACAUUUGGUGGACUGCUAGGAGGCAUGGUGGGAGCUUGGCUUGGGGCCGUGCCAAUCCCGCUGGAUUGGGAUCGCGAGUGGCAGCGGUGGCCGGUUACGAUUCUGUGUGGUCUGUAUGGGGGGGUACGUACUCGGACGAGUUGUGGGAGGGACAUUGGUUUGGGGAAAGAGCUUCUGAGGGCAGAAAUAUAAAAACACGGCGGGUAUAAGUAAGCUGGAGGUGUCGGGGCGGGAGAAGAGUUGGAGGAGAUACCCUUACUGCGCAGGGAUGGACACUGAGAGGGCAUAUUGUAUAUUUCCCAACUGGGUAGUAAACCAUAUAACGCGGAAUAAAUAUCCUCGUCUGGCCACAUGUGAAAAUCAUAACAAUCCCCGAGCUGGAAUGCCCUUCGCGUGUGCAUUAACUACAGAUUGGAAG